AUGAAGUUCUUCACUGCUGUCCUGGCCCUGGCCUCCGCCGCCAAUGCCCACACUAUGCUCUCCGAGCUCUACAUCAACGGCGAGUCUCAGGGCGAUGCCACCUGCAUCCGUACUCCCAAGGACGGUGCCACCUCGACCUCGCCCGUGGCCGGGCUUACCAGCCAGGACAUGGCUUGCGAUCGCCGCCGCGUACACUUGUGCCGCCCCGGCAGCGCCAAGCUGACCUUUGAGUUCCGCCAGUGGCCCGACAAGCGCGCUGAGGGCUCCAUUGACCCCUCUCACAAGGGUCCUUGCUCCGUCUACAUCAAGAAGGUCGACGACAUGAACUCUACCGCCGCCGGCCCCGGCUGGUUCAAGAUCUGGGACGAGGGCUACGAUGAGUCCACCCAGCAGUGGUGCGUUGACAAGCUCAUCGCCAACAAGGGCCUCCUCACCGUCGAGCUCCCCUCUGGUCUCCCCGCCGGUUACUACCUCGUCCGCCCCGAGGUCCUCGCUCUCCACCAGGCCGUCAGCCUGCACGACCCCCAGUACUACGUCGGCUGCGCCCAGGUCUACAUCCAGGACGGUCCCUCCGGUGCCCUCGAUAUCCCCUCCGAGUACGCCGUCAGCAUCCCCGGCUACGUCGACGGCUCCGAGCCCGGCAACAACUUCAACCUCUACGACAACCCGCAGUUCCCCUACCCCGUCCCCGGCCCCAAGCCCUACAGCCCCACCGGCACCUCCUCGGGCGUCAAGGCCGCCUCCUUCGAGGGCGGUGUCCCCAGUGACUGCCUGAUCAAGAACGCCAACUGGUGCGGUAAGGCUGUCGAGAGCUACAGCACCGAGACGGGCUGCUGGGCCGGCGUCGACGCCUGCUACGCCCAGGGUACCGAGUGCUUCGACUCCGCGCCCCCCACCGGCGCCAGCAACUGCUACGUCUGGAACGACAGCAUGUGCAAGGGUCUCGAGGCUCAGUGCCGGGCCAAGAACUUCAACGGUCCUCCCCAGAUCGAGCUGGAGGCCAAGACCAGCGCCGCCCCGGGCCCCAUCCCCGGCGCCGUGAACCUGAACCUCCUCGGUGGCUCUUCCAACUCCAACGCCGACUCCGCUUCUUCUGCCGCCGCUGCCAGCCCUUCCAAGACCGCCGUGGCUUCUUCCGCCGCCGCCUCUUCCGCUGCUGCCACCCCCGUGCCCGAGUACGUCGCUGAGGACCCCGUCUCCACCGUCGCUCCCGUCGCAUCCGUUGCCCCCGUCUCCUCCGCCGCUCCCGCCCCGGCUUCUUCCACCGUCGCCGCCCCUGCUCCCUCCGCCACCAACGGCCUCAAGGUCUCCACCGACGGCACCUGCGGUGGUGAGACCGGCUUCACCUGCGAGGGCAGCAAGUUCGGCGCCUGCUGCUCCUCCAGCGGCAAGUGCGGUAGCAAGAUCCUCCAGUGCAGACCCUCUUGCGGCUGCCAGGGCAAGUUUGGUCUCUGCCUCGAGCCCAGCAGCCUCCGCAAGAGCAAGCACAACUAA